AUGGAGUCUAAACCUUCAAGGAUUCCAAGAAGAAUUUCUGUUCAACCUGCUAGCUCUUUAAGUGCUAGGUUGAUGUCUGGAAGCAGAGGAAGUGGUUUAAAUGAUACCUAUCACUCAAGGGACUCUUCCUUUAGACUUGAUUCUGAAUAUCAGUCUGCAUCAGCAGCUGCAUCACCAUUUCAACCUACCUGGUAUAGUGAGUCUGAGAUAACUCAGGGAGCACGCUCAAGAUCACAAAACCAGCAACGGGAUCAUGAUUCAAAAAGACCUAAACUUUCUUGUACAAACUGUACAUCUACCUCAACUGGAAGAAGUGUUGGACAUGGUUUAAAUGCAGUAUCAGAUUCUACUUGGAGGCAUAGUCAAGUUCCCAGAUCUUCAUCAGUGGUACUUGGAUCAUUUGGAACUGACUUGAUGAGAGAGAGGAGAACAGAUUCCUCCAUUAAUAAUCUUGCGGAUUAUAGUCACCGAAGUGGUGAUUUCACAACUUCAUCAUAUGUUCAAGACAGAGUUCCUUCUUCAUAUUCACAAGGAGCAAGACCAAAAGAGAACUCAUUAAGCACUUUACAGUUGAGUACAUCAUCUACUAACCACCAAAUGCCUUCUGAACAUCAAACCAUACCAUGUUCUAGGGACUCUGGUAGAAAUUCUUUAAGAUCAAAUUUUUCUCCAAGAGAAUUAGAAUCUCCCCAAAGCAGUACGCAGCCUGGAUUUUCUUAUACUUCAAAUAGAGGUGAAACCUCAACUAUAGGCAGUUCAGAUAGGAUUAACUCAUCUCACAGAUCAUUUCAAGAAUCUGACAACGAAGGUAGACGCACAACAAGGAGAUUGCUGUCACGUAUAGCUUCUAGUAUGUCAUCUACGUUUUUUUCACGAAGGUCUAAUCAAGAUUCCUUGAAUACAAGGUCAUUGAGUUCUGAAAAUUCUUAUGUUUCUCCAAGAAUCUUGACAGGUUCUCAGUCUCGUGGUAAUGCAGCAUCAGCUUCUGAUAGUCCUGAUAAUAGGGCAUCCGAAGCUUCUCAGGGAUUUCGAUUUCUUCGGCGAAGAUGGGGUUUGUCAUCUCUUAGCCAAAAUCAUAACUCUGAGCCAGAUUCCCAGAAUUUUAACCAAGAAUCUGAAGGUAGAAAUACAGGACCAUGGUUAUCUUCCUCACUUAGAAAUAGAUGCACACCUUUGUUCUCUAGAAGGAGGCGAGAGGGACGAGAUGAAUCUUCAAGGAUAUCUACCUCUGAUAUGCCAUCUAGAUCUCAUCAUCUUUUUAGAAGAGAAUCAAAUGAAGUGGUUCACCUUGAAGCACAGAGUGAUCCCCUUGGGGCUAGUGCCAGCAGACCGCAAGCAUCUGCAGCACCCAGCAGUGUUGGUACAGGUGACUCCCCGUCAGAUUCAACUCGUAGUGGACGAAGUACAGGAAUAACAGGGAUCCUUCCUGGUUCCUUAUUCCGAUUUGCAGUGCCCCCAGCACUUGGAAAUAAUUUGACUGACAAUGUUAUGAUCACUGUAGAUAUUAUUCCUUCAGGGUGGAGUUCAUCUGAUGGAAAAAAUGAUAAAACUAAAAAUGUACCUUCAAGAGACCCGGAAAGACUACAGAAAAUAAAAGAGAGCCUCCUUUUAGAGGAUUCUGAAGAAGAAGAAGGUGAUUUAUGUAGAAUUUGUCAGAUGGCAGCUGCAUCAUCCUCUAACUUGCUGAUAGAGCCAUGCAAGUGCACAGGAAGUUUACAGUAUGUCCACCAAGAGUGUAUGAAGAAAUGGUUACAGGCCAAAAUUAACUCUGGUUCUUCACUAGAGGCUGUAACCACCUGUGAACUCUGUAAAGAGAAGUUGCAGCUUAACCUGGAGGAUUUUGAUAUUCAUGAACUACAUAGAGCUCGUGCAAAUGAACAAGCUGAGUAUGAGUUUAUCAGCUCUGGUCUCUACCUAGUUGUGUUAUUGCACUUGUGCGAACAAAGCUUUUCUGAUAUGAUGGGAAAUACGAAUGAACCAAGCACACGUGUCCGAUUUAUUAACCUUGCAAGAACUCUUCAGGCACAUAUGGAAGAUCUCGAAACUUCAGAAGAUGAUUCAGAAGAAGAUGGAGACCAUAACAGAACAUUUGAUAUCGCCUAA